GGAAAUGAGUUCCUGCCUGGAAGCUGUCGGAGCCUGAGCUUCAGGAAAAGAUUAAAGGUUAGAUUGUAAGAAAAGGAAAUAGAAGCCAUGUUUCGAAGACCUGUAGUGCAGGUCCUUCAUCAGUUUGUAAGACAUGAGUCUGAAGUAGCUGGCAGUUUGGUUCUCGAAAGAUCUCUGAAUCGUGUGCAGUUACUUGGUCGAGUAGGUCAGGACCCUGUCAUGAGACAGGUGGAAGGAAAAAACCCAGUCACAAUAUUUUCUCUAGCAACAAAUGAGAUGUGGCGAUCAGGGGAAAAUGAAACACACCAAAUGGGUGAUGUCAGUCAAAAGACAACGUGGCACAGAAUUUCAGUAUUCCGACCAGGCCUGAGAGAUGUGGCAUAUCAGUAUGUGAAAAAGGGGUCUCGAAUUUAUGUGGAAGGGAAAGUAGACUAUGGUGAAUAUAUGGAUAAAAAUAAUGUGAGACGACAAGCAACAACAAUUAUAGCUGAUAACAUUAUAUUUCUGAGUGACCAGACGAAAGAGAAGGCAUAGAAUGGACGAUUCUUCUUUGGCCAUUGUUUGGUACAGUCUCGUUUCCAAAUCUUGAUAGUCCUUAUAGUUUCUGAAGACAAGAAUUAAAAUACUCUAUGUAAAAUGAGUGAUAAUAUUUUUCCUGACUGCUGUUCUCCUUCCCCUUUUCGUGUCAUGAACCUUGGUAGCUCCUGUAUGUUAUGGCAUUCACUAGUUUUUUAUUCUUUAAGAGACAGUUUCUGUGUAUAAGUAUACAAGAUAGUGAACUGUUAGGGUCAUCCGUGUUAUGGCAGAGGGAUAACUGUCCUUUCGGAAGCUCCCCCCCCCUUUUUGUGCACACUUCUAUUAUAGUAUUGAUUUAGCUACUCAGUGUUUAUUGAGCAUUGCUGUACGUCAUACAUUUAUCCCAUGGUUGUAAAUACUGAUUUCCUUAUCUGUUUGGUUUAUAGACUAGAAGGCAAGAACUGUAUCUUCUUUAUGUACCUGCGUCUUAACCAUUGCUUGGCACAGAAUAGGCAAUAAAUGUUGACACAUGAAUGAUCCCAAUGGGAUAUUAAGCUUUAGCCUAAAUUGUAGGGGCUUGCUGAACAGUGGUUAAUAUCUAAUCUAAAUAGCUUCAAGAUGAACCUACAUUAUUCACGUCUUCUGUUUUUGGACAAUUUCACUAGUAGCAUUUGUGAAACAGAGUUUACUAGCAGUAAAGUCCUAAAGUAUAACUAGGGAUGAAGUAGUCCAUCUCCAGGUGAUGACAUAGGCUCUGGUUUCACUAUUUUCUAUCUUUCUAAACCCCAUUCUCUGUCCUUUUAGUCUCAUACAGACUCUCAGGGGAGUCCCUGCCUCUCUAGGUUAGCGCCCCAGGUAUGACAUUUUCCUCUUAUUUUUCUACAUGGUCUCUUGUUGUACAUACUGUGUACAAUUGUGUAUGCACAGUUACCUUUAUUGUAAGAUUCUGACAGAGUACUAGUAAUUUACUAGUAAAGAUUACAUAAAACAAACUCAGUUUUUUAAUGCAUCUUUUACUUCUACAUGUCCUCUCCCCUCUGCCUGAGAGAGUGUGGUGCUAACUGUAGCUUAGACCCUGCUGGACUUUAACAGGUUCAGAAUUCACACGUUAUUUUAUGGACCCUUGACUUUUUGUUUUAAGGUAUUUUCUGCACACAUCAGCAGCAUUUUGUACUCACAGCUUGUUUAAGGAAAAAUGGAGUUCCUUAGCUUUAUCCUUUCUUUCGCCCAGGAACAGUAGAAAAUUAAUUACUGUUUCCUCAUAUCAGCUAUCUUUAUUUAUUUUAAAAUUUUAAUUAUUUUUUUUCAACCAUCUUUUUCUUUUUUUCCUGUAGCUGGCACCAUUAGUCAGCACAUUAAGUCUGCUCUCUUGAGUUCCCACAUUAAAACUGGUGAUGUAGUCUUCACUCCUUUACGCCACAUUCCUUAAGCAAAAUUGUAAAGUAGGUGAGAUUUGUCUUUUGGGCAACUUUUAAUUUUUUUCCUCAGCAAAGGUACUUUUAUGCUCCUUCAAAGUUGUGAGAAGUUAAUGUGGAUUAGUAUUCCUGUUUAAACUGAGUGAUGACUCUGUGCUUUGGGAAAGUGACAUGGUGAACAAAACUGCUUAAUUACCAACCCCAAGCGAUUCUGAGUCCAGGGUGCAGGGGCAGAAGAAGAGUGUGUCCUCCAGGAUCCCCGCGAGCCGAGGGGCCCUUCUGCAGACUCCCACUGGAGAUUGCUUGAGAGGCUCUGAGGCUGGGCAGCAGGGCUUUCAGAGUCAGGUGUUCAGUGCAGAGGCCUCAGCGUACGUGUGAUACUGCAGACCCGGGGUCCACAACCAGGCAGGCUGUGGGAGCAUAAACUCUGCCCUCCCCCCGCAGGCAGCCCCGUCUCCUGAGAAACUUUCUACUGUUCCGAGCCUAGUCUCGGAGUAGACCUGUGGAAUCUGAUAGCAGUAACAGACCGUAGGGGUCUUCUAGUCCAAGUUUUGUGUCCUGCAUUUCCUUUUUUCAUGUUCUUACGGUGUCAGGGAAUGUACCUGCAGAAAACUGCCCUGUGACUUUGAUUUUGGGAUUCUGGGUUAGGUAGAAAGAUGCGUAUGAUACAUGGAAGUGUGGGAGCAAAAGUAUCAAACAGCAUGUGUGGUGUUAUUCCCGUAUUUGAAAAAAAGUAAUUGAUAUAAAUAUAUACUUAGAAGAGUCUGGAAGGAGAAAAAUCAAAAUGCUCUGAUGAUCUCUGAGAAGAUUAUGAUUUUCCUUAUUUUUUACAAUUUUGUAAUUUUUUUUUUUUU